UCAUUACAUUUUAAUACUAAAUAAAGUUGAGUGUACCAGCAGUAGGAGAGAGCUAGCAAGUCGACGCUUGACAGUGUUGACACCAGGUUACUCUUACUCUCUUACACCUUAACACAAAUAUUGUAUCAUGAGUUCAAUUGGCACUGGGUAUGAUCUGUCAGCUUCACAAUUUUCACCGGAUGGAAGAGUAUUUCAGGUCGAAUAUGCUCAAAAGGCAGUAGAAAAUAGUGGGACAGCUAUUGGUCUUAGAUGCAAGGAUGGAGUGGUAUUUGCAGUAGAGAAAAUUAUCUCAUCUAAGCUGUAUGAACAUGGAGCUAACAAGCGCAUAUUUACCGUUGACACACAUGCUGGCAUGGCUUGUGCUGGACUAUUAGCAGAUGCACGUGCAAUUGUGGAUGUUGCAAGAAUUGAAGCAUCAAACUACAGAGCUGAAUAUGGGAUGCCUAUUCCUUGCAAGCUCCUAGCCGAACGUGUUAGUACCUACCUCCAUGCAUAUACUCUGUACUCUGCAGUGCGACCUUAUGGCUGCUCUGUCAUGAUUGGAGCAUUUGAUCAUGAUGGCCCCCAGCUUUACCUCAUUGAUCCAUCAGGCAUGUGUAAUGGCUACUUUGGUUGUGCAGUGGGUAAAGCAAAACAAAAUGCAAAAACUGAAAUUGAGAAAUUAAAGUUAAAAGAUCUCACAUGCCGAGAACUUGUCAAAGAAGCUGCAAAGAUCAUUUAUCUAGUUCAUGAUGAAGUGAAGGACAGGCAUUUUGAAAUGGAACUCUCUUGGGUUUGUGAAGAAUCUGGAGGACUUCAUCAGCUUGUUCCAGAAACUGUAUACAAGGAGGCAGAGCGAUAUGCCAAAGCUGCUUUGGAGGAGGACUCUUCUGAUGAAGAUGAAGAAAUGUAAAGCCCUGCAAAUCAAUAAUUUUUUUUUUUUGAACUGUGAACACUUCAGGAACUGUCUUUGCAUAACAUUUUUUUAAUGUAGGUUUUACAAGAUAAACAGUAAACUUAACCUAUGGAGAGUGAUGUGGUUCAGCACACAGCUUGGCAAACAGAAGAAACCUCUAAACAAACUUCAGGAUACCUUGCAUAUGACGACAACUUUUGCAGGAGUUUGUUUUGGGCAUAUAUUGAAACAGUAAUGCAUCGAUGCAUUUCAUGUCUUUGUUCAUAUAUCUUGUUUGAAAAAUAUGAAGCCACCUGUUAUUUGAGUUGCUUAUAUUUUUAUUGCAACUAAUUUUUUAUAAUGUGUAUUUGUGAAAAUUGCUAUAAUAAAUAAAUCUUAUA